AAAGGGCGGGAAAGCAGCCCGCCAACAUCCAGCAGAAAGCCUCGCGAACCAAUCUCUCUCCUCCUCCUCCCCUGUCUCCACAUCCGAUCCGAGGCGAGGCGGCGAUGCAGAUCCAGGUCCGGUGCGGGUGCGGCGAGGCGGCGUGCCCGGAGUGGGCGGUGGUGGAGGUGCAGGGCGUGCUGCAGCCGCAGCCCUGCUUCUCCGGCCGCAUCCAGGGUCUCCACAUCGGCCGCCUCUGCUCCACCUCCUCCGCCCCGACUUCCAAGGGCGGGUACACCUUCACCGUGGGGUACCAUGAGCUCGCCGGCUCGAAGGUGACUCUCAAGAAACCCCUGCUUGUGCUGAGGAAGAAGAAGAACGACAACGGAGAUACCGGCGAGCUCGGCCAAGGUGGACCGGCGGCGGCGGCGGAGGUGGAGCUGGAGGUGAUCGGUAUCAUCCGGCACAAGAUUCUCUUCAAGGACCGCCCCAAGGCUCUCAUCUCAAAGCCGGUGCCCAAGGAGAAGAAGGCCCUGCCGGCAGCGGCGACCCCAUCAACCGUGCCUCCCGCUUCCUGAAGAAUCCUCUUUCUGACUAAAAAAAAGUUUGUUAAGGAUCUGUAGCUCCCUGGGGGUUCUGAUUGUGCCCGUUUGUUUCCCCCGUCUAGUUAGUGGUCACAUCUUCCUCUACCAUUGUUGUGCUUGUGCCGUACGUAUACCAGUAUGAAUUUCCCGUCUCGUUGAAGCACACUAGUGACAAAAUAGCUGAAACUUCUGGGGCAGUUUGGGUCCACUGCUGCUAUGGGAACCAAAUACCACCAUCAUAUUUGCUUA